AUAUUUUAUUAGUAUUAUAAAAACUUAAAAGAAAAAGAAAUUUAGUAAAACACUUGGAAAGGAGAGAAGCAAAGAAAGUUCAAAACAAAAAUUGAAAAGGAAAUAACAAAAUUCGGAAUAUGAAAACAAAUAAUUAAAAUUUAUUUUUUUUUGAUAUAAAAUAUCGUCAAGUGUGUAAUAAUUUUAGUCAGUGAAAUAAUAAAACGAAUAAAUUUUUAGUGAUGUGAUAAAGUGCGUUGGUGGGGGCGUCUUAUUUUAAUGAAUGAAUAUUGCAAACGCGGACGGACAAAAAUCACGUCAUUGCGUGCUUGUGCUCUACUAUCAUUUAAGUAAUAAAAAUAUAUGCUAUUUUCCCUGGAGCGAUGGGUUUUUAAUGUGCAAGUUAUUCAAAAUAAGUGAAUAAUUUACUUUGGAGUUUUAAGUAUACAGAAAUACAUAAAUGGCACAUAAUUCAGCAAGAAAAUCAAAUGAAAUCUUUCUGAACAUAAAGAAAAUCCUGAAACGGAAAAAAAAGAUUUUCUCUCCAUUUAAUGCAAUUAUUAUGAAAUCUCAUUAAUUUAUUUUAUAAUUAACAUAUAUUUUAUAUGCAACAUUCUUGCCAAUAAAUAGCGGAUACAUUUUAAUUAUUUAUUUGCACACAUUAAGUAAAGGAAAGGAAAGUAGCAAUAGAUAAUUCACAUCCGCCCCUCUUAUUUUUAUUUUAUUUAAACAAUUGUGAAAUAAAAACGAUUGUAAAUAUGAUGACCAUGGAUGAUGAGCAAGAGGCGCUGCUUAAACGCGCCACGGAAGAACGUGAAAUGAUUUUCAAUCGAUACGCUUUAGGAUUAGAUCCAAAGAAUGAGGUCGAUCCAUGGGAGAACCCUACGUUUGAACUUUACCAUGUAACCGACAAAUACGGCUUCAUACAUGAUUCCCGCCUGCCCGAUAUACGCGAUUCACAAGAAGUGCAACGCACCAAAAUUGAAUUGGAACGUGAUAAGAAAUGGAUGAAAAUGUUCACAUCAUGGAAUAUACAUAACGAAAAGCUGCGCAAACGUGUAUUUAAAGGUAUACCCGAUCGAAUGCGGUGGCCAGCUUGGAAAAAAUUUCUGAAUGUCGAUGAGUCAAUAGCUGCCAAUAAAGAUAUAUACUCUCGCAUGCUUAGUUUAGCGCGAAAAUAUUCAACAGAAGUGCGUCAAAUUGACUCAGAUGUGAAUCGUCAAUUUCGUGAUAAUCAUGCCUAUCGUCAACGCUACAGCGUUAAACAAUGUUCACUGUUCAACGUACUCAAUGCUUAUAGUAUAUACAAUCCCGAAUUAGGUUAUUGCCAAGGUAUGGCAUGUGUGGCCGGAGUGUUGCUACUUUAUAUGCAAGAGGAAGAAGCAUUUUGGGCACUCAAUACACUAAUAGUUGAUAAGAAGUUUGCCAUGCAUGGGCUGUUUAUAGAGGGUUUUCCAAAAUUACAAAGAUUUCUAGAACAUCAUGAUCGCAUUAUGUCAAAAAUUAUGCGCAAGCUACAUCAACAUUUUGUCAAAAAUAAUGUCGACGCAAUAUUAUAUUCUAUUAAAUGGUUUUUUGUAGUUUUUGUAGAAAGAAUUCCGUUUAGUUUAAGUUUACGUGUCUGGGAUAUAUUUUUGUUUGAGGGCGAUCGUGUUAUAACUGCUAUGGCCAUUACUAUACUUUACCUACAUAAACAUGAACUGUUACGUCUUAAGGAUAUGGAUUCGAUAAUUGAGUAUUUGCAGGUUAAAUUGCAUAAAAAUUUUGGUUACAACGAUGAUUAUGUGGUUGAGGCAUUAGAGAGAGUAAUGAAAAAAUUAAAAGAUUUGAAAUUAGAUGUACCUCCGCCGCCAAAGACAAACGAAUUUCCGACUAAACCAUUGGGACAAUUCAUAGAGGCUGAUAUUGAGAAGAAAAUUGGACGACGAAGAUCCGAAUAUACAGAUACCGAAAAACAAGUUAUAAAUGAUGUGAUAUCUAGGCAAGAGCAAAACGCUAUUGAAGUACAAUCAACAGUUUCAUAUGAGACGUCAGAAUGCGCAACCGGUGAUGCAUAUUCAAUGAAAACGUAUCAAAGUAUCACUAGUUUAGCCACCUCACCGGCAAUUAGCAGUUAUUCACUUUAUAGCAAUGGAUUUGUUAUCACCAACAAACCCUUUGACACCGACAGCAGUUAUUUUAAUUUCAAUCACAAUCACAUUAAUGAUGUUGAAGAAGAUGAUGACGAUGAUGUACAGAGCGUACAAAAUACUCGACUUUAAAAUGAUUUAUAUAUUAUUUAAUUUAUACACGUAUAUUAUUAUUAAU